AUGGUUUACUUAAAAAUAAAGUGGCUAUUUAAACUUGAAAGUUCGGCUGCCAAGGGUACCAAUACCAAAGAAGCCACAGAUUCUUAUGAAGAUGAAUCUGAUGGCGAUGUAGAUUCAAUGUCAGGGAUAGGGAGCGAAGUAGUUGAAGCAGCACCACCAAAAAAACAGAAAAAAACAUACAAACAAAACUACAAAGAGCAAUGGAAAACGAAAUUUGGUUCUUGGUGCAUGACUCAUAUUUCACGCCACGAAAAGAGCCUGCUACAUAGAAAAAAUAAAGGAACUCCAGAAAUUAAGAAUUUUACUGUAACUGACACACAGUUAACAAGAGCGGCUAAUGCUUACAGAGUAGAAGUUACAUCUGUUAUGUUCUUGCAUGAACAUAAUUUGCCACUUUUGUUAAUGAACCACUUAUCUAAAUUUUUACAAGCCGUUUGCCCAGAUUCGCAAGUAGCAAAAGAUAUGCAAAUUGGAAAAAAAGCAACUUUAAUAACAAGAGAUUGUAUAGCAGUGGAAGCGCCAGAAGUGUUGUCAAGAAAAAUAAAUAAUUCAGUAGCGUUUUCAAUUAUUAUGGAUGAAACAACGGCUAUUAGUACAGAAAAAACAUUGGUACUAGUUGUAAGAUUUUUUGAUUCAGCUGAAGAAAUGGUCAAUAAAUUAAAUAUAGAGUUCCAAAGUGAACAUUGCAAAAUCUUUACAUUGAGUACAAAGAUCAACUCAUUGUACAAAACAAUUUUAAGAAAUUAUUUAAAGAAAGGCUAUAUUGGUAACACUUCUUUAGAAUUAAUUGAUCCCAAAAACCUUAGAAAUUUCAUAAUUUUGGAAGAAGUUUACUUUGGUGCGUACGUGGAAGCUGCAUCGAAUAACCCUCAAAAUCCAAGACAAACUGAAAUUCAUGAUUUUAAAUUACGAGCCUUAGAAUUUUAUAUAGAGUUAUGCACCCAAAUUAAAAAUAGAUUUUCUUUCAAUGACCCUGUAUUAAAAUUUUGCUCAACAUUUUUACCCGAAAAUGCUCUAAGUGGCAUCACUAAAUCAAUUUCCCAAUCAGAAGUGUUUUUCCCAACACUGGUAAAAGAUAUCCAGGCUCUGGACAACGAACGGAGACUGCUUGCAGACUGCGAGGAACUAAAGACAUUUGAAGAUUUAGAGGUUGAACAGUUUUGGUAUAAAAUAUUUGAGUUGAAAAACAGUAUUAAUGAAUUGAUGUUCCCUAAUCUGUCUAUGUUAGUAAAAGGGUUAAUGUGUCUACCUCAUUCCUCUGCAGCUGCAGAGAGACAAUUCUCCCAAUAUAAUCUAAUAAAAAAAAAAAACUAG